AUAAAUAGAAAAAUGGUGUUUCUAGAAAUAAGACAAAGAAUCAAUCAUGGAAAAAAAAAAAGUGAAAAAGGAAAACUGAACGUUGUUGAGUUGCCUUUACUCCGUUUCUAGAUAUUCACAGUGCCAACCUCUGCAGUUCUUACAAAUGCUUUUCCUUCUGUGUCUAGCUACAUUCAAAACCUCCUCUUCCUUGCACUUGCAUUGCCAGGGAAUUUUUGAACUGAUGAGGACAGGGUCUUGUAUUUUUUUCUUAUUGCAAGUACCCAGAUGCAGCAUACAUAGCUUAGCCAAAUGUAGAGAAGAUGAAGCAUUAUGUGGUUUUAUCAAGAUUUAUGGAAACAAAUCUAGCAUAAGACUACUUGGUUCUAGAAUUGAUGAGCCUGAGAGAGGAUUUGCUACUAAGUUGAUUAAAAGACUUGUAACUACAAGAGAAGGAAGUAAACAAAGCACUGGGAACACCAAAUUAAGAAGUAUCAAGCAUGAAAGUUUUAGAGAGGAGAUUUUACCAAGUGCUACAGUGAAUGAAAACACGACACAGCUAGAUCAGUUGCAGAAAAUUCAGUGGCCUGAAGUGCAAGAAAUUGCUCAAUAUAAAAAUUUAUCUGACCUACUCACUGUUUUUGUUUUUGAUGUUGAGACUACUGGGUAUAGCAGAGUAAAUGAUCGGAUCAUUGAUAUUGCACUUCGAGAUCUCCAAGGUGGUGAGCACAGCACUUUCCAAACUCUUGUAAAUCCUCAAUGCCAUGUUCCUAAUUCACACGUUCAUGGAAUUGCUACCCAUAUGGUGAACCGAACUGAUGUGCCAAGGAUGGAAGACCUGGUACCCAUCUUGUUGCAGUACAUUAGAAGCCGUGAGAAACAUGGUGGAUAUGUGUUAUGGAUUGCACAUAAUGCUCGCGCUUUUGAUGCACCUUUUCUCAUGCACGAGUUCAUUCGAUGUUCCAUGGAGAUUCCUCAUAAUUGGCUGUUUCUGGACACCCUUCCUCUGGCACGUCAACUGAUAAAGACUGCUGGUUUUUUUCUCUGUAUUUCUCAUAGAAUAGAACAGAAACACUUGAUGCAUAGGAAUGAAAAGAUCUUGACUUUGCAUAUGUUGGCAUGUAGGAACAAACCUUUCUUCAGCUUCACUGGAUCAGCCCACAGAGCCAUGGUAGAUGUGAACACAUUGUCUCAGGUACUUCCCGUGUUGACAUCUGAUCUCAAGUUGACUUUAUCCAGCCUUGUCAAAAAAUCUUUCAAUUUCUCAGAUAAGGGCUAAGAAAAGAUAGUGAUUCCACAUCUAUCAAUGCUCAUGGAUUCCAAAAUUCAUAACUGUAGUUUAAAGAAAAGGGACAAAAUGCUUUCAUUGAGAGUCGAACUCAAGACCUCCCGCUUACUAAACGGGUGCUCUAACCAACUGAGCUAUGAAAGCUUGCUGUUGAUUGGAAUGAAAACUGAAUUUCCUUGUUAAACUUUAUGAA